CAGGGCUAGAAAAUUUGUAGCGGUAUUUUAGUCCGUGGUUGAGUGGUUUACUUUUGCUGACUUGGUUGGGUCAUUUUCAUUCUACUGAAUAUUCUCGUGCGCUUGUCUUACUAGUUGGGCUUGUCUUGGGGCUUAUAUUAUGUUGCACUAUCUUGAAAACCUGAUGAGUAAUUUACUCGGAAAUUCAUGUUCAUCAAAAUUGUCUAGUUCUGCCUUUUAAUAUUCUACUGCUUAUUCACAGGAUCUUUAAUAGUUCAUUAUCGUCACCGUUAUAAAGGGUCCCAACUACUUUCACUGGUUCAAUGCAAAACACAUGAAUUCUACAUCCCCAAGAGAAUUCCUUGGAAACCCAGAAUUCUUUUGGGAUUUGUGUUUCUGGGUUGGAGUUAUUUUUUAGUAGCUUUUUUGAUAGAUUGCCUCAUGGGACGCCAUUACCUCACAUUAUUCUUUGUGGUAGUUUUACCAUUAUUUCUUCUUUUUGGAACUUGUUAUUCUCGGAUUAACCAAGAUCAAGAAAGAGAUAGGAUUAAAACUUUACCUGGGCAGCCUGCAAAUGUAGAUUUCGAUCAGUAUUCAGGUUAUGUUACUGUAAAUAAGAAAGCAGGGAGGGCUCUGUUUUACUGGUUCAUCGAGUCGCCAGCAAGCAGAGCACCUGAGUCGAGGCCGCUACUUCUGUGGCUGAAUGGAGGGCCAGGCUGUUCCUCUGUAGCUUAUGGAGCUGCCGAAGAGAUUGGUCCUUUUCGCGUUAAGCCUGAUGGAAAGACUCUUUUUUCCAACCCUUAUUCUUGGAACAAAUUGGCGAAUUUGCUUUUUGUUGAAUCACCAGCUGGUGUCGGAUUUUCAUAUUCAAACACAUCAUCCGAUUUGUACACCGCAGGUGACCAGAGAACAGCCGAAGAUGCAUAUACCUUUCUAGUUCAGUGGUUUGAAAGGUUUCCUCAAUACAAGCAUAGGGAAUUUUACAUUGCUGGAGAAAGUUAUGCAGGACAUUAUGUUCCACAGCUGUCUCAGAUUAUCUAUGAAAGAAACAAAGGAAUUGAGAAUCCAGUUAUUAAUUUCAAGGGCUUCAUGGUGGGCAAUGCUGUUACUGAUGACUACCAUGAUUACAUUGGAACAUUUGAGUACUGGUGGACGCACGGUUUAAUUUCGGAUUCCACAUACAAGGUUCUUCGUGAAACGUGUGAUACGGGAUCUUCUACACAUCCGUCAGAUGACUGUGUUAAGUCUCUUCUUCUGGCUGAAAAGGAGCAGGGGAACAUUGACCCUUAUAGCAUAUAUACUCCUCCUUGCAAUGCAAGUUCAUCCCUGCGACGGAGAUUUAGGGUUCACUUUCCCUGGAUGCCCAGAGCAUACGACCCGUGCACGGAAAGGCAUUCCACAGUUUACUUCAAUCUCCCAGAAGUUCAAGAGGCAUUCCACGCCAACACAAGUGGGAUCCCUUACCCAUGGAAAACAUGCAGUGAUACGGUUGGUAUCUACUGGGCAGAUGCUCCUCUAUCGGUGCUUCCAAUUUAUCAAGAACUAAUGGCAGCUGGUCUCAAGAUAUGGGUAUUCAGUGGGGAUACUGAUUCAAUAGUUCCGAUAACUGCAACUCGAUACUCAAUCGAUGCUCUGAAGCUUCCAACUAUUACUAAUUGGUAUCCGUGGUAUGACAACAAAAGGGUUGGUGGAUGGAGUCAAGUGUACAAAGGGUUGAUCUUUGUCACAGUGACUGGAGCAGGACAUGAGGUGCCACUUCAUCGCCCUCGGCUAGCUUAUAUUCUUUUCAGAUCAUUCUUGGAAAACGAGCCGAUGCCCAGCUCUUGACUGGUUGGCUACUUCGCUACACAAGGCACAGAUGAGAGCUUGUUGAAAUCUUGAUGUAUUAGGCAUAGAGAAAGGCAAAGGAAUGAGAGAGAAUUUCUUGAAACUCUCUAUUCUUGCCUUCAGUCCAGAAGAGAGUAAUUCUUUUGCUCAUCAUAUUCUGGAGGAAAUUCAAAAAUUCAUACAAAUAAACAUUAAUUAUGUGUUCCCCAUUUUUAAGUCAUAUGUUGUAUAGAUGAAAUGAAAGAAAUACUCUUAUCAUGUACUGCAAGAUGAACAAUUAGUGCUCUCAACUGUAAACAGUUUUCUCUUGAUUUCAAUAUUUACUACUCUGUUUCAUGUGUA